AGUCUUCUCAAGAUUGAGGAGAGUCUGAAGUUCAGCCACAGCACCGACGUGUAUAACGGCCAAGAUGUUGUUUACAGUGUUGUCGUUAUUAUUCUUCAACCUUCAUAGUGUUCAGAUGAAUGAGUUUUUGACUCUUUCCUCUGACAUUCUGGACAAGUACAUUCAAGGGAAUGAAAUUAUACAGAAAGUAUCGGAAGAUUUGAAAGAAGACAAGGUAGCAGUUAACAAAGAUUUUGAUGAUCAGGCCUUACUUUUAUCGAUAGAAACGAAGAACGAUGUUGAAACAAACUACACCUUAACUCCUUCUCCUGAUAUCCUGAACGACACCGAUUUAGGCAAUUUGAUUAUAAGCAAAGUUUUGACAGACUCCAAGCUACUUGAUGAAGCUAUUGAGAAAGCUCUUAAAGGCUUGAAGGAAAGAGUUUCAUAUAUCAAAAAACCAGCAAUGAGAAAAGCAGGUAGAAAGUCUUCUCUCUCACAAUGUUCAGCCAUGACAACCUACCAUAACCGAAUGUUAGGAGAUAGCAGAGUGUCAAAGAUGGUUGAAAAAGCCAGUGUAUUUGAAGAAACGACAAAGGUUUUGGCUAGAAAGUUAGGGUUAAAGAGCGAAGAAGUUUCUGCUUUAGCCGAUGUCAGUUUAAAAUCAAGCAAGUUGGGAAGCAUGUUCAGUGAAGAUGAAGAGCCAAAAACGUGUAGUUGUGCACAAAAAUACCGGGAAUUUGACGGAACGUGUAACCGUUUACAAUCUCCUAAAGACGGUUCUGCUUUCACCUGUUUGACAAGACUUCUUCCAGCAAAGUACGCUGACGGUAUUUCUGAACCAAGAAAAGCGAAAUCUGGAAGAGACUUACCCAAUCCUCGUCUAGUAUCAACUACAAUCCAUACCGAUCAGAACAGAGAAGCAUUUUUCACACAUUUUCUGAUGGUGUGGGGACAGAUCAUGGAUCAUGACAGUGCCCUCGCACCAUUUAACAGCGCCCAAGAAGAGGACGUGAUACUUGGAGGUAAAUCUCAAUUUUCUUUGUACAAUAAUUUUAAUUCUUUCUUUCCGUCAGAUAAACUAGUAGAAUUAUCUCAGCGGGAAUAA